AUGUGUAGUGAAUUAAAGUGCCUUUUGUGGAACACCGAAGGAAAAAUACCGUUAUGUUCGGACAGAUCUAUCUCUGUUCCCAUUCGUGAGACAUUCAUUAAACUCUCUCUCUCUCUCUCUCUCUCUCUCUCUCUCUCAAUACUUCUCUUUCUCUAUCUGUCUUCCUUUGCGUUUCCAUUGGACAGAGUAACACCCCCUUCCUCGGUCCUGUGUUUAAAUGUGGGGAACGUUUCCCCAGCUUUUUCUUCCAUUUUGUUUUCUUUAAUUGCUGCUUCUAUUUAUUUUCUUUUUCAAUUUUUUCUUCUCCAACCGACUAAAUUUUUAUUGUUGGUAAUACUUUUUAUCUAUCUAUCUAUCUAUCUAUCUAUCUAUCUAUCUAUCUAUCUAUCUCAUCUGAAGGCGGUUCGGUCCAUGCACCCUUCCUGUCGUCGGAAGCCAGCAGCGUUCACUCGUCGUCUGCGUCGCUGUCGUAGACUAAAAGAACGCCACGUCAUCGUCGCCCCGUCUCGUGUUCCUUCUCGGAAUCUUUCGUAUAUUCUUCCUUUCACUCCAAUCUAUUUUCGCUUUCUGAUUCCCCCCCCCCCUUUUUCUAUUAAUGUUUUCGGUUUUAUUAAUUAUAUCGUCUUCGUUCUACUGACCUCCUCUCACGUCUUUCAGUUUUUUUUUUCUUAUCUUCCUCAACUGCUCACUCCUUUCUUUCUUCUCGUGCUCUUCUUUCUUUUCCUCUUGACCACCACCUUUUUUCUCCUCUUCCUCUUACUUCUUGUUCUUGUUGUACUUGUUCUUCUUCUUCACCUCCACAUGCCUCCUUUUCUUUUAUUCCGCUCCGCCUUCUUAUCUUCCUUUUCUUCUUCCUCCAUUUUGUUCCCGGCUUCCUCCCUUUCGUUUUUCUCCUUUUUUCCUACCUUUUCUUUACCUACACAUUCUUCUCCUCAACCGCCACCUUCUCCUCGGUUCUCCUCCCUUGAUUCUAUAAGCCUACCCCACUUCUUCUUUACACCUCUUAUCCUUCUUCCUUUUAUUCCCUCCCACCAUAUGUUCUACUUUCACGUUCUUCUCUUUCUCUUCAUCUCCCCCUUACAUUCCUUCGCCUCCUUCUUAUCGUGUUCUUCUUCCUCAUCCUCCUACAUUUACUCCCUUUUCUUCUUACCCUCUUUUCUCUUUACUUCUACAUCUUCUUCGGAUCCUCCUCUUCUUACCUUCUCCUUUUUUUUCACCUUCCACCUUCUUCUUCCUUUCUUUAUUCUUCACUUCCACAUUUUUCUAUUGUCCCUUCUCUCCGUCGUCGUCUUCUUUCCUUUCCACCUCCUCCUCCUCUUCUUAUUUCCUCCUAUUACACCUUUACUCCUUCCCUUUCACUUUCCCUACAUACACACUCUUCUUUAUUCUCUUCCCCACCCCUCUUUCUCUUUCUAUGCCUUUUCCUUCUUUCUCUAUAGUAUUGCAUUAGUAUUCUUUAUUCCUUUUCUUCUUAUUUUUACAGAUUUAGGCAUUACAUUUCUCUGUUUCUUCACCUCUUUCUUUUCCUACCGCCUAAUUCUUCUUUACCAUCAACAUUAUGAUCUUAUUCCUCAUAUGCAUGUUCUUUAUUUCUUCCAAACAUACAUUCUUUUUAUGCCUCUUUUAUUUUUGCAAUCAUCUCUCUUUUAA